UACCGCGGUUAUCGCACUCCCAUGAGCGCCGGAUUCCUCUUGCUACCGCAAUCCUUUUGUCGACAAACGCAAUCCGCGAAGCCUCCGCCAAGCACGCCCGCCGCACUUCCCCUCGAACUCCCCGUAGCCGCCGCCAGCCCUCUCCGCCGGACGUCCUCCCUCUCCACGGCGGGAUGCGCUGCCUGUAGCCUAGGCGAGGUCACGAUGGGGCGCGCGGUGUGCGUGGCGCCGCCGCCUAUCCGCCACCAAGGGUGCUUCGUCUCAUGGGUACAACUUCGAGGGCCGAGCUCCUCACGUUGGUGCGGGGCGGAUGGCGGAUGCACGGGGAUGGCGAGAAGCGUCACGGCACCACGCGGCCCGCUGAUCUGGAACCCCGACCUGGCCUACGACGCUCGCUAGGACUACCGCGGCGUCUUCUACCACGGUCAGUAUCUGGGAUGAUGGCGAUGAGGGCGGCCGUUGAGAACAGAAGUCCGAUGGCGUGGAAGCCCACGGGCGUCCGAGACAUGGAGAGCCAGCAUCACACGUUCUUUUCUUCUCUUCAGGAAAGAUGUUUGCUGUUGUGUUGCAAGAUCCUUUCUUUCUUCAGGGAAGAAUUGAAGGGACGAAAAGAAGACAACAUUGCCAAGUAGCUGGCCCAUGACAAGUUUAGGACGUGUGCUGCUAGCUGUUCUUGCGCUCUGGCAUUUCUUGGAAACUUUGAUUGAAUCUAGGCAUUGCUUUUGGUUGUUCAGGAAAUUUGCCACUUCCAUGGUGAGCAAAGGGCAACCUGAUUGUUAGCCAAUUAUAACUGAUCCAGCACUCGGAGUUGAUAAGUAGAAUGAAUCAAUUGGCAAUGGCACCGUUGAUAUUGAUGCCGGUCCAUGGCAGUGAUAAUGACAUUGACACAGUAUUUGCACUUGUGAUUUGUGCAUUUACUCAGAAAGGGAUGGGUUUCGGGCA